GAACCAUUAAUCCAGCAGCCGGCGACGGCAGUUUUAUCUGAAGAUGCGAGCGGCAAUGGGAGGACUUCAAUGCGGGGACUCGCUCACAUCGCGACCAGAUACAGUCUCAGCCAUCAGCAUUUAUUUAACCGGGUUUGUGUAGGAUUGUUUGGGACCGUUUAUUUCGCAGGUUUUCGGUCUGCCGGGCAGUUCGCAGCCACGCCAAGAUGGUCCGCAUCGCUAGCGCGGUGGUUUUCUCCAUGUUCAGCGUGGUCUUGCUCAUCUUGUCCUUCCUCAGCUACGUGUCAAUUAAAAAAAUAUAUAUCUUCACAGCCCCGAAAUAUUCACAUGCGACGGGGAUGUAUAUGUUUCAUGCUGGAUUUCGGACACAGUUUGCACUGAAGUUCCUGGACCAGUCCUUCAUCCCGUUAACCACCACGGAGGAGAUGCAAAGCGCUACGGAGUGGAAGUUUAACCAGACAGCGAUCAUGCAGCACAGGGAAGAAAUUUCUCAUUACGUUGAUGUGCCAAAUAACUUCUCCCUGACUAAGGACAGGGUGCGUGUGGGCCAACUGAUGCACUAUGACUACUCCAGUCACAAGUAUGUCUUCUCCAUCAGCAGUAACUUCAAGUCACUGCUCCCUGACUCUUCGCCCAUCCUGAACAAACAUUACAACGUGUGUGCCGUGAUCGGAAACAGCGGCAUCCUUACGGGCAGCCAGUGCGGGCCUGAGAUUGACAAAUUCAACUUCAUCUUUCGCUGCAACUUUGCCCCCACAGAGAUCUACUACAGAGACGUUGGACGCAAAACAAACAUGACCACCUUCAACCCCAGCAUCCUGGAGAGGUACUACAACAACCUGCUGACGAUCCAGGACCGCAACAACUUCCUUCUUAGGUUAAAAAAGCUAGAUGGGGCAAUUCUCUGGAUCCCCGCGUUCUUCUUCCACACAUCCGCUCCUGUCACACGGACGCUUAUUGACUUCUUCAUCGAGCAUAAGGACCAGUUGAAUGUCCAGCUUGCUUUUCCAGGCAAUAUCAUGCACUAUAUCAAUAGCUACUGGAAGACUAAGCAGCUUUCCCCCAAGCGCCUGAGCACGGGGAUCCUCAUGUACACUCUGGCCUCAGCCAUGUGUGAGGAACUUCACCUCUUUGGCUUCUGGCCGUUCGGCUGGGAUCCAAUCUCUGGCAAGGGACUCCCGUACCACUACUUUGACAAGAAAGGGGCCAAGUUUACCACCAAGUGGCAGGAGUCCCAUCAGUUGCCUGCUGAGUUCAAACUCCUGCACACAUUGCACACCGAAGGAGUGGUCCGGCUCAGUGUCGCCCCCUGUGCUUAGGGAGCUACGGGAAACCUCGCAUGGUCUAGUUUUGCAUUCCCUGAUGCCACAUUGCAAAACCGGCUUUACUAACAUAAAAAAGCACACCUUCAGAAUUUUUCCUAGUAUAUUUUUUCAGGGACUGAAUCAUUUGCAAUACCUCUGAUUUUAAAAUGUAGCACACACGAUAACUCGAAGAGUAAAUGUAGGAGUUUUUGGAGCCCUGUUUAAUACAGGGACUUUAUUGCUUUUGCUGAUUUAGCAUAGUAUUUUUGAAAAAAGGAUGAAUAGGUGAACUGUAACAUGGGAACUUUACUUUUGUUUCCAGAGGGCACUUGAAUGAUUUAUAUGUAAACUAAGUGCUUUGAAGCAAAGCUUCCAACACAUGCUUUGGAACUCAGUCUUAGCUUUAAUGAAACCCUUUAUCAUCUCUCAUGCGCAAGAGCUUAAUUAUCCUUUCGGUGAGAAGAUCUAUAUAUAAAUAUCCAUCCAUCCACUUAUCCUUGGCCACGGCAGGACCUGGAAGCACAGUGCUGAACAGGAUGUCCAUCCUAUAUAUAUACACUUCUAUAUAAAACAAACAGACACUGGAAAUAUACACUAAUAUACACUGUACUGCUAAAUGAGGUCAGAAUUAAAUAAAUAUGUGCUUUGCAUGCCAGAGCAGCUAUAGCUAAGCUUAUUGGUCGGAAAAAUUUCCAUUAGAUAAUGCAAGAAACUUUCAGAUAUGGAAGAGAUUAGCUUCAGGCGUUCAUCUGGAACUGAAAGGUAAACUGCCAGAAGAAAUACACUUUUAUGGUCUGAACAAGAUGCCUCAAUCUCAUUUUCAUCUUCAUCUCGCUGAACCACGUGUUCAUGCACUGAGGUUUCAUCUGCAGUAAUUUUAAGGUAUUUCACAACAAGCAUCAAACUUUCUCAGAUAUUACUCUCAGAGAAAAAUGUAGCGUGAGGAUCACUUGUCUAGAUUCUAACUCGUUUUCUUUCAGAGACGUCAUUUAAUAGAAGCUUCACUUUUCUUUGACGUGAUUUGUGUUUUUGAGUUGUGUCCGGAAAUGAGUUACCUGCUGCUGAUGUGCAUCUCAGGUAAGAUAUUAAUAUUUCUAGCGGUUUCUUCACUAAUCUGGAAUGGCAGAUUAUUUGUCUUCUAAUUGAGUGAUUUCUUCAGUUUUUGAGAUGCCCCCAAAAUCCAGCUGGCAGUGUUGAGAGAAAAAUCACCAAAACUCCCGCCACCCCCCCCCCCACCCAACUGAAUGCUGAACAGAUGUUCUUUCUGUGCCAAACUCAUGUCCCCAGUGUUACUCUGCAUUUUCAUUGACAAUCUUCCAUGUAGAGCAAUAUAUUUCAGUGAUGGUUAUUUGUUUAUUUUCAGCUCUAUAUCGCUUGCUGAAUAAUAUAUUACUUAUUUACAAUCAUGGUGGUAAUACCUAUAUUAUUUUUUAUUGUAGUUUGAAAUCCAUGAUUAGAAGAAAAAAUCUUUAAAAUAUUUAGUAAAGGCUCAUUGCAUAAUAAUUUGGAAAAACACAUAUGAUUGUUACUAAAAGUGAUCAUAUGUGUUUUUUUGUAUUUCACAGAAGCAAUAUUUCUGCUAGAUGAUUGUAUUUACCUUAAAGUUUGCAAUAUGUUGUUGAAAAUGUUCUCUUACAACUGAUAAAAUUAUGCAUUGAGGGUUAUAGGAAAGCAUUAAUUUGUAGAAAUUGACCUUAGUAUCACUUCUAUAAUAGUUCAUUAGCAGAGGUUAGUCCAAAUGAUAAACAUUCAGAGAAGAUUACAAUAGCUAAUUGUUGAUUUUUUUUCCCUGAUUGUCCUUUAUUAAUUGUAAUCCUUUGGAAAUUAAGAUUACUUGGUGGUGUAGUACUUUCUGCAGCUGGCGUACCUUAAAAAAUGUCACGUUUAAGUCCUUAUUUCUCUUUGUGGCUGUUUUUUUUCACCAGUGUAAAUGACUAGACAGGUGGGUUCUUUUUGUUGUGUGAUUAUAUUUCUUGUAAUGUUAAUAAUUUCAGUAGAAUUAUGUUAUGAACUUGAUUAUAGAUGAGUUCUUCUGGUGGGCUCAGUAUAGACAGAUCGGCACUUUACAGCUGGUUUGAUCAUAUUAAUCAUUUAGCCUAAAUCGUAUCUAUGCUAGAAAAAUGACAAUUAAUUCACCACUGUUCACUUAUUCCAUUACUGCUCCUGAAUUCAUCUUCCUGAAGUUUCAAAUUGUAGCAGAAUAUGGCGAAAGGGCUGAAUAUUUUCCUUGUACUAAUUAGUGCUAAUUUCAAUUAACUUUAUAACUUUGUAACUUUAAACACACUUCUGCCUUAAGUGCAACGUGCAACAUUCAGGGAAACCUAGAUUAAGAUCUUGCUCCAGGUGUUGCGUCUAUGAGAUGAUUUAAUGCCUGUAUGUUUGAUAGCGUUUAAAAUCUUCAUAAUGUUAACUUGACGAUUAAGUCAUUUGUUAAAAAAGUCAGUAUGUUACCAAAUGAAAAACACAUUUUAAGCAGAAAGCUAAUUAUUAUUUUUUAUUCAUAAUGUUUUGAGAGGCACCCCGCUCAUCCCAUUAUAAAAAAAUAAAUAAUGUAUCAUAUUGUAUUCAUGGGAACAUGACAAACUAGCUAACUAACUUGCUAUGGUAUAAUAUUCAGAAUAAUAUCUUCUAUUCAUAUGUUAUGAUAUGCAUUUAGCAUAUACUUAUUAACAAGCUACGUGUAGUUAAAAAUAAGGCUGAAUCUUUUACACAGAUAUAAAUCAAAUCACAUCAGUGCAUAUUUAGAAACAAUAAGAACUUUUAAUAAGAAUGUAACAACUUACUUUAGUACUAUGUACGAUCUGUAUUGAUUAGCAUAACUAAUAACGUUAAUAAUACAAUAAUAAUAAUGCUACAAUAACAUGAUUAAUGGAUAUGCAAAAGACGGAUAUGUAAAACUUUGAAUGUUGAUUGCACAUGAAUUAUCUUAACUAUUGCACUUUUUGUCAAGAGACCCACCGGUUCUGCGCAAAAAUUUCCUGCUUCAAUAAUUAUGCAGAAAAAUAUUGCACUGAUAAAACGUCCGUGCAUCGAUCGUCCAACCAUUUAUCCAGUACUGGGUGAAUAGGCCUCCAGCCAACCUCAGAUAGCACUGGGUGCAGGGCAGCGCAACGUCUUGUACAAAAUAAUAUUACUAUUUUUUUGCAACACUCCUUUCGUUUUUUACAUCAAUGUAAUGGGCUCAGGUAGCAAAUGCUAGAAUACUCUAACAUUGAAUAGUUAAAUAAUAGAAUUCAAUGAAUGCGUUCUCAUUUGUUGUAUUAUUUAUAGCAAUUUUUAGAAAUACUUUCAAUAUACUAACCAUAUAGCUUUAAAUUACCCGAUGCUUUGUUCUAUUUGUCAAAGAUAUGUUGAAUUAUUUUCAGCCUUCUGUGUUUUUAAAAUAAACAUUGUCUACACAUUCUAUAUACAAUCUUACGUCACUACACUGUGUCUAUUUUCUGAUUUUGUGACUGUCCAGAAAUAUCCUGUCAUUUGUGUGCACCAGUUUUAAAACAUUUUCAAAAUAUCUUUUAA